AUGGCCGAACUAGAGGAUGAAGAUUUAACAUUGGCCUUGCUUAUUUAUUACUGUCAGGAGAAGUAUUUCAAUCAUGUCAUAGACAUUUCAGUGAAGGCCCAAAGGAAAUUCAGCAAUGAUCCUAUCUUCACCUUUUUUCAUGCCUAUGGAGUUCUUAUGCAAGACAGAAUUCAGGAAGCCAUCCAAGAAUUUGAACAGAUUAAGGACAAGAGAGAUGUGUCUCUGUGCACUCUAAUGGCCCUCGUCUACGCUCAGAAGAAACGCCAAAAUCCAGACCGAGGUAUCAUUCAAGAGCUUGAUGCCAAAGUAAAAGAGGAUCGUAAGAGCGCAGCCCCCAUGGGUCUGUACUAUGCUGGGCUGUUUCUUUGGCUGUUAGGCCGUAAUGACAAGGCAAGAGAAUACGUGGAGAGGAUGGUCAAAAUCUCCAAUGGCUCCAAAGAGGGGAUUAUCCUGAAAGGAUGGAUUGAUCUGACGUCUAAUAAGGAAGCCUAUGCCAAGAAGUCUGGGAAAUACUUUGAAGAGGCAUUAAAAGAGAAAAGCUACGUUUUUGCCUUAAUGGGAAAGGCCCAUCAUUACGAAUAUCGUCAAAACUACUCUUUUGCUCUAGAGGUUGUUAACCAGAUCAUCGUGGGUUUCCCUGCGUUCUUGCCUGCACUGAUUAAGAAGAUGAAACUGCUGCUCUCCUUGCAGGACUGGGAACAAACAGUGGAUGCAGCGCAGAGGCUUUUGCAGAAAGACAAAAAUAAUCUAGAGGCUCUGAGAAUGCUCGCUCUACACACUCUUUGCAGAGAGGGAGAUACUGGAGAGUGUGCAAACCAGCUCUCAAACCUAAACAGUCACUUGGACCUUCAGGAACACCACAACCCUGAGCUGCUCUACAGGAUGUCUCUGGCUUUCACACGAGUGUGUGGCAGGGCGGAGAGGGUCCUUCAGCAGACCCAUGCUAUGGUGGAGAGGGCGUUCUCCCAGGCUUCUGCUGACUCUGACCUGGCCACCGAACUGGGUUACCAGCUGGUUCUGCUGGGUAGAGUGAAGGAAGCCAUGAAAUGUUACAAGACGGCUAUGACGUUGGAUGAGAGCAGUGUCUCCGCCCUGAUAGGCAUUAUCAGGUGCCAGCUCAUGGAGGGCCAUCUCGAAGAUGCGGAGCAGCAGCUGGAAUUCCUCACAGAAAUCCAGCAUUCAAUUGGAAAAUCAGCGGAGUUGCUGUACUUGCGUGCUAUCCUGGCAGUGAAAAAGCACAAAUCACCAGAAGAGUUGACCAACCUCCUGAACGAUGCUGUGGACACACACUUCUCCACACUCCAGGGUUUGCCUCUUAGCGUUGAGUACUUCGAGAAACUCAACCCAGACUUUCUGCUCGAAAUCGUCAAGGAGUACCUUGCACUCUGUCCUGCCAAGCCUCCAGCUCCAGGUCAGCCCCCUGCCCCCCAGCUUCAGCACUGCGCCUCUGUACUGGACACUGUGGUCAAAAUUGUCCCCGGUCUCCUGCAGGCUGUAUUCUUGAUGGCCAAGGUUAGAUUUCAGUCGGGUGAUAUUGAAGCAGCUCAGAGCAGUCUACAGCAUUGUUUGGACCAGAACCCUUCCCAUGCUGAAGCCCAUCUCCUCAUGGCCCAGAUCCACCUGAUGCAGGGCAACUUCAAACUCUCUUCCCAGUCCCUGGAACUCUGCCUCAGCCAUAACUUUGAGAUCCGGGAGCACCCGCUGUACCACUUGAUAAAAGCCCAGGCGCAGAGGAAGAUGGGGGAGCUGCGGGAGGCUAUUCAGACACUCCAGAUGGCCAUGAGUUUACCUGCUAUGCGCAGAGUGGGUUCCUCUAGCAAGGGCAAGAGCAAGAAAGUAGAGCUAAGCUCCUCAGACAGUGUGUCAGUCUUCCUUGAGCUCACAGAGGCUCUAUGGCUCAAUGGAGAACAGCACGAAGCAGCAAAAGUGAUGCAGGACGCAAUAAACGAAUUCACUGGCACUCCCGAAGAGCUACGGGUGACCAUCGCCAACGCCGACCUGGCUCUGCUGCGCGGCGACACAGAGCUGGCAUUGAGCAUGCUCAGAAACAUCACGCCCGAGCAGCCGUAUUACGUCCAGGCCAAGGAGAAAAUGGCGGACGUUUACCUGAAUCACAGGAAGGACAAACGCUUGUUUGUCAGCUGCUACAAGGAACUGGUGGAGAAACUGCCAAACCCUCAUACCUAUCUUUUACUUGGCGAUGCCUAUAUGAACAUUCAAGAGCCGGAAAAAGCCAUUGAAGUUUAUGAACAAGCUUUGAAGAGGAAUCCCAAAGAUGGAAGUUUGGCCAGCAAGAUCGGAAAAGCUUUAGUCAAGACCCACAACUAUGUCAAGGCCAUAAAUUAUUACGAGGCAGCGCUGAAUAGCGGUCAGCAGCACUUCUUGCGAUAUGACUUGGCCGAGCUUCUGAUGAAACUCAGACAGUAUGAACGCUGUGAGAGAGUCCUGCAUGAAGCCCUCACUCAUGACCCUGUGAAUGAUUUGCCCUCCCUAACAGAGGACUGUCGGUACCUGGUUCUCCUGGCAAAAAUACAAAGUAAAGUCGACAAACACGAAGAAGCUUUGCUUUCUCUGCAGAGAGCCCGGGAUGUGCAGGCGAAGGUGCUGAAGCGUGUGCAGUUGGAGCAGCCCGACGCCGUCCCCGCGCAGAAACAGCUUGCGGCCGAGAUAUGCGCGGAAAUCGCCAAGCAUUAUAGCAGCCAGAGGGGCUACGAGAGAGCAGUGAAAUUCUACAAAGAAGCUCUUGUUUACUGUGAGAGCGAUAGUAAGGUGAUGUUGGAGUUGGCCCAGCUGUACCUCACUCUAGAUGACAUGGAAGCCUGCCAACAGCAAUGCAGCGUGCUAUUGCAGAACGACCAAGUGAAUGAGCCCGCAACGCUGAUGAUGGCAGAUCUGAUGUUCAGGAAACAGGACUACGACCAAGCGGUGUUUCACUUUCAGCAGCUGCUGGAGCGGAAACCAGACAACUACCCUACCCUGUCCCGUUUGAUUGAGCUACUGAGAAGAGCAGGAAAGCUGGAGGAAGUCCCCAGAUUCCUGGAGAUGGCAGAAAAACACUCACCUAGAGCUAAAUUUGACCCUGGAUUCAACUACUGCAAGGGACUCUAUCUGUGGUACACUGGUGAACCAAAUGAUGGCUUACGCCACUUUAAUAAGGCUCGUAAGGACAAUGACUGGGGCCAAAAUGCAGUGUACAACAUGAUUGAAAUCUGCCUGAAUCCAGACAAUGAGACAAUGGGAGGGGAGGUGUUUGAGAAUCUGGAUGGAGAAAUGGGGAACUCUACAGAGAAGCAGGAGUCUGAGCAGCUGGCUGUAAGAACAGCAGAGAAACUGUUAAAGGAGCUGAAACCUCAGACACCUGAGGGCCACAUCCAGCUCCGCAUCCUGGAGCACUACUGCUUAUUAGCCACCAAACAAAAGGCCAACGUGGAGAGGGCGCUUAGCAUGUUCACCGAGAUCGCAAACAACGAGAAGGACCAUGUUCCUGCUUUACUGGCCAUGGCUACCGCAUACAUGAUCCUAAAACAAACACCGCGGGCAAGGAACCAGCUCAAACGCGUAGCCAAGAUGAACUGGAACAUCGUCGACGCGGACGAGUUUGAGAGGAGCUGGCUGCUUUUGGCGGACAUUUAUAUCCAGUCGGGCAAAUACGACAUGGCCGGCGAACUGCUUAAGAGGUGCCUGCGUCACAACAAGUCAUGCUGUAAAGCGUACGAAUAUAUGGGAUAUAUAAUGGAGAAAGAGCAGGCGUUCAGAGACGCAGCCAUGAACUAUGAAAUGGCCUGGAAGUACGGCAACCAAACCAACCCCACCAUCGGUUACAAGCUUGCAUUCAACUACCUGAAGGCAAAGAGGCAUGUGGAUGCCAUAGACGUGUGUCAUAAAGUCUUGGACGCACAUCCAAACUACCCGAAGAUAAGAAAGGAUAUCCUGGACAAGGCCCGAGCAGCCUUAAGAUCAUAAUACUUUUA